AUUCGCUUCUGCUAUUGUGGUGACUGAAUUACUUUCCAGUACCAGGGUAUUUAGUCAAGCAGAUUGUGUUUCUUUACACCCCGUGAUGAUCUCUCUUGACGGCGGUUGGUGACAAGUGGCUUGGGGGACAGCAGCAUCACACAAACAGAGACAUGAUCAUGCAUACAAACCACAUCAUAACAAGAUGGGAUACAGCACUGCCGGGAUCGUAAAUUACUGUGCUGUCGAAUGAAGAAUCGGUAGCACUGGACCAACUAUCUUCUGUCCACUAACCAUGGGAAGUGCAGUGGAAAUGCACGGUUGGACAGUAAAAAUGAGUAUGCCGAGUGUUUUGGCCAUGGUUAUGGUCUUUUCUAUGAUUCCUGGCGGGGUGCUGAGUGAUAUGAGAGAUACUCGGGGUCUGGAAGCCCAACAAUUGGCCCAGGGGGCCACUCAUCUGCACCGUCGCCUGAAGAGAGCCUGGAUCUGGAAACAGCUGUUUGUCCUCGAGGAAGAUCCCACUCCUCGCGUUAUUGGCCAGCUCAAAUCUGACUCUGACAGAGGGGAGUUUUCUAUCAAGUAUGUAUUGUCAGGAGAAGGCGCCGGAGAUGUGUUUGAGAUAGAUGAGUAUUCUGGUGAGAUCCGGACACUGAAGAAGCUUGACCGUGAGGAAAAGGCCUUCUACGUCCUUCAAGCACAGGCUAUAAACAGGAGGUCCAAUGAACCAGAGGAACCCGAAUCAGAGUUCAUCAUUAAGGUUGAGGACAUCAAUGACAAUGUCCCCCAGUUCCAGAACGAACCGUAUGUGUCCAGCAUCCCUGAGAUGUGUCCAACCGGGACCACAGUGGCCCAGGUGACAGCCACAGAUGCUGAUGAUCCCAUGUUUGGAAACAACGCCAAGCUCAUCUACUCCAUCCUGCAGGGGGAGCCCUACUUCUCAGUGGAGCCAAAGACGGGGAUUAUUGUAACAUCUUGGCCAAACAUGGACCGUGAAGCCAGAGAGCAGUACCUGGUGGUGGUGCAGGUGAAGGAUAUGCUUGGCCUCAGCGGCAGUUACUCCUCUUCCACCACAGUCACCGUCAGCCUGACUGAUGUCAACGACAAUGGGCCCACUUUCCAGCACCACCUGUAUGCCUUCGCCAUCCCUGAAAAUGCAGCUGUGGGCACCACAGUGGGCAAGAUUAUGGCAGAGGAUGGAGACAUUGGCAUUAAUGCCAAAAUGACCUACAGUCUAGAGGAUGACCUGGAGGAAAGCUCCACUUUUAUCAUCACAACACAUCCAGUGACGCAGGAGGGAGUGGUUCUGCUAGCCAAGCCUUUGGACUAUGAAACUAAAAGACGUUAUGUCAUGGCCGCCGAGGCAGUCAAUGAUCAUGUGGACACUCGUUUCCUGAAUUUGGAGGACUUCAGGGACAGGACAACGCUCAAGAUUGUUGUGGAGAAUGUGGACGAGCCGCCUGUCUUCCUCUCACGGGUCUACGAGUGGAAAGUUGCUGAAAAUGCCGCAGUGGGAACUGUGGUUGGCAGUGUUAGUGCCAGAGACACUGACACAGUCAACAAUCCCAUCAGAUAUUCAAUUGACAAAAGGAGUGAUACCACAAAAGCUUUCAAAAUAGACCCAAACAAUGGAACUAUAACUGUCGCUAAAGCUUUGGACCGAGAGACUUCAGACUGGCACAAUGUGACUGUUGAAGCCAAGGAAACAACGCAGAACCAUUUAUCCUCCUCUGUGGCGGUGUUCAUCAAAGUGCUGGACAUAAAUGACAACGUGCCAAGGCUUACAAGAGAUUACCAGCCAUAUAUCUGUGAGGGAACGCAGGCGGGAGAUCUCAUUCAGCUACUCAGUGCUGUUGAUCCAGAUGACCCUGUGGAGGGACACCACUUCUACUUCUCUAUGGUCCCCGAGAAGCACAUCAAUCCCAACUUCACUAUCAGAGAUAACCAAGACAAUACAGCAGGCAUUGUGGCACGCAGGAGUACUUUCACCCGCAAGGAUCGAACCCAGUACCUCUUGCCUGUUGUGGUAACAGAUAGUGGCUCUCCAGCUCUCUCCAGCACCAGCACUUUGACCAUCAGUGUGUGCAGCUGCCAUCCAGCUGGCCAUUGUCCCACAGGGGGGGUGGAGGCCCUUGCCAUGUCUAUGGGGGUCAGCCUGCAAACCUUGCUAGGGCUUCUGGUCUGCCUGGUCACACUCACAGUGCUGUCAAUUCUAAUGUUGAUGGUGAGGAGGCACAGGCGGAAGCAGCAGGAGGGACUGAAGGUGGAGGGGAAGGAGCUGGAGCUUCCUGAGACUGUGUCACAGAAGGUGCUGUAUUACGGAGAAGGUCGAGGAGCAGAUCUGAACUUCUGCCAGCCCGUUGUCCCGCUGCGACCCCACCCAAGAAGGAGGGAUAGGAGGCUGCGGAGGGAGGACAUCAGGGCCAGCAUACGUAUGUCCCUCCGAGAGUCCCACCUCAUCGGGCCGGAUGAUGAGGUCUUCAGGCAGUUUAUUCUGGACAGGCUGGCAGAGGCUGAUCAGGAUCCUUACGUACCCCCAUUUGACUGCCUAAGAACAUAUGCAUAUGAGGGAUCAGGGUCUCCCACUGGGUCCCUGAGCUCACUGGAGUCUUCUAGUUCAGAGCUUGAACUUGAUCAACCUGUUUGUAAUCCCAGACCCUACUUGGUUAGACUUACGCCUUGGUAUGGGGUAGGAGGGGAAGACACCACCUUCUGAUGGGCUUUUUCACCUUAAAUGGCUAUCUUUUAAUUUUUGCAUAAUGGACCAGUGCAUUCCCAAUGAACACUCAUCAGUGACAUGAAAAUGAAAAAAUAAAAAUGGUGUUUCAAGCAUUGCACUUAAAGGAAAGGUUCAGCGUUUUGGAAAAUACUUAUUGUCCAAUUAGAUGAGAUGAUCAAUACCAAUCUUAUAUCUGUAUAGUAAAUAUAAAGCUACAGCCAGGGGUUAACAUGGCUUAGCUCUCCCCCUCCCCAUUUCCAAUCUUUAUGCUAAGCUAAGCUAACUGCCUGCUGGCUCUAGCUUCAUAUUAUCGUAUUGUAUCAUAUUCUCAUGUAACUCAGCAACAAAGCGAAGUGUAUUCAAAAUUUUUAACAAUUCAAUUCUAUUUGAACUAUUAUUCCUUUAACGACAAAAUCAACCCUUAUAUAGUUUCACAAAUGCCUUGCAUAUAUGAACCCAUUUUUGUUUGCUGUAUUUUGUGAGUUUGUGAGCAUUUAUAACUAUAAAUGUCUAAGUACAAAAUUUGCUCUCUUAGCUCUAUUUUGUACUCCACCAGCUUCUGAAAGAAAUGAUAUGGCCACUAUAUUUAGUUAGGAGCUUUGUCUAUCUUUUGCAUUGUGCUGGGUAGUGAACAGUGGGUUUAAUAGAGUUAUUGGCUGAAAACAGCUUCCUGCUGCAGCUGGAAAAUAGGUUGCUGCACUCUUUGUCGGCUGAAAGACCAGAACAAUGAGUUUAAAGAGACUGAAGCACUCUUCAAGCUGAAGGGAAAUGCAAAGUUGGUGACAACUCUAUGUUGGAGUAUCACUGUGACUCCUUAGCAUUGCACAUAGUCAUUUCAUUCAUAAAAUAAUAUUCAUUCCUGCAGCUUUAACCAAGUACUUUUACUUCAGUAGACCAUAAUGUGAUCCAGCCAGAAGACUGCCCGUAAAUCUUCACUUUCUCUUGGCUGGGUGAACUCUUGCUUUCUUUUAUUUAGAGUCGGUCUCUGUACUGUUUCCUUGCUUCACCCACACUUAUAAUUAGUCACUAGUGAGUGCACAGGUUAUUCUUAAGUACAAGUAGAAAAAAAUAUAUUUGAAGAAAGUGGGUACACCAAAAAGGUCAUCACUGUAUUGACAUAACUGUCAUUUACAUUUGAACAUGGAAAGCGUAUGCAACCGGAAGGGGGCUUCUUAAAGACAGGCCACAGUGUGAUUCAUGCUUUUAGUAAUUACAGUGUGACAAUAUUCCUCUGUAUAACACCAACAGUAUUACUGACCUAUGAAACUUCUGAUACUAUUUGUAAUAUUAUUCAGUUCUUAUAAUUUUACUUUUAUAUUUGGCAUUUUGCCAGUACAGUUCAUGCGUAUUUAUAUUUUGCAUUGUGAAGUUAAAUUAAUGUAUACUUCCCUUGGGUAUGUGUAUGACAACAUAUUUUUCUAAGUAGAGAUUUUGUUUCCUGAUAAGCCUUAUUCUCACAGAAAUUAUAGUUUAUAUACAGAAGAGUAUCCAUUAAAUAUCAACUGUUUGACAUGUA